AUGAAUUUUGCAAAACUCAACGACUCGCCCAUGUUCCGACAACAGCUCCAGUGCAUGGAAGAAAGUUCAGAGUCGUUACGCUCGAGAUGUUGGAAGUUCUACAAAGGAUGUCGAAAGUACACGGAAGGGCUUGGAGGGGCAUAUGAUGGAGACAUUGCAUUUGCAAGUGCCCUUGAAAGUUUUGGAGGAGGGCAUAAUGAUCCUCUAUUUGUAACUUUGGGGGGACCUGUUAUGACCAAAUUUGCUAUUGCUAUGAGAGAAAUUAGUACAUACAAGGAACUUCUUCGGUCACAGGUGGAGCACAUGCUGAAUGACCGGUUACUGAACAUUCUAAAUGUCGAAAUCCUUGAUGUCAAGGAAGCUCGAAGACGUUUUGACAAAGCAUCCCUCGUACAUGAUCAGGCACGUGAGAAGUUUAUGUCAUUGAGAAAAAGCACUAGGAUGGAUAUUGCUGCUGUUGUAGAAGAGGAAAUGCACAAUGCAAGAACCGCAUUUGAAGAAGCUCGAUUCAAUUUGGUAGGGGCUCUUCAUAAUGUUGAGGCCAAGAAGAGAUUUGAAUUUUUGGAGGCUGUCACUGGAGUUAUGGAUGCUCAUCUUCGAUAUUAUCGACAGGGAUAUCAGCUAUUACAUGAUCUAGAGCCUUUCAUUAUUGAGGUUUUGGCUUAUGCACAAAAAGCAAGAGAAAGUUACAAUGAGGAGCAGAUUUCUCUUUGUGAAAGAAUGUUAGAGUACAAAAAACAAGUUCAUCAUCAAAGUAUGAUGUCCUUGAAUGGCCCUUAUACUUCUCCAGGUAAAGAUAGAGCUCAAGUGCAACCUUUUUCUAGGAUAUCAAAUGAAGUGGUAGAUGCUGUAACAGAAUCUGCUGCAAAUGGAAAGGUCCAAAUCAUUCGACAAGGGUAUCUUUCAAAACGAUCCUCCAACUUAAGGGGUGACUGGAAGAGAAGGUAUUUUGUUCUUGACAGUCGCGGAAUGCUUUACUACUACCGUAAACCCUGGAAUGGGUUACAUGUAACAUCUUUACAAAAGACUUGUGCUGCUGACAAUAGUGCUGGGAUUCUGAGUCGAUUGCUUUCUUCACAUAACCAUGGAGUUGUCCCUGAUGAAAAAUCCGUAGCACGUCAUAUAGUGAACCUAUUGAUAUCAACAAUCAAGAUUGAUGCUGAACAAUCAGAUUUAAGGUUUUGCUUCAGGAUUAUUUCACCAACAAAGAGUUAUACAUUGCAGGCAGAAAAUGCCCUGGACCAGAUGGAUUGGAUGGAAAAGAUAACUGGUGUAAUUGCCUCCUUGUUGAGUGUACAUACACUGGAUAAGGUACAUACUUCUUCAGAUGACUCAGAAAGCGGCGAUUGUUACUCUGCUAGCAAGAUUGAUUCCUUACAAAGUUCUCCAGAUGAUGAUCAUGCAUCAAGUGGAGAUUCUGCAUCUGAAACCUUGCAAAAGACCAAGAACAUUAUAAAAAUUGGAAAGCCAAUUGAUGUUCUUAGAAAGGUUAGCGGGAAUGACAAAUGUGCUGAUUGUGGUAACCCUGACCCAGAUUGGGCAUCCUUAAACCUUGGCAUCCUUAUAUGCAUUGAAUGUUCUGGUGUUCACCGUAACCUUGGUGUACAUGUAUCAAAAGCUUUCUUUUUUUCACUCCUCGUACGUGCAAUUAAGGUGGAGUUAAAACAUUUUUUUCCCCAGGUAAGAUCGCUGACACUUGAUGUGAAAGUAUGGGAUUCCUCUGUCUUAACCAUGUUUCAGUCACUAGGGAAUCUCUUUGCAAACUCAGUUUGGGAGGAGCUGUUGCAUUCAACAAGUACUUCACAAACUGAUGACACUCCAGACGGUUCAUCCAAGGUACCCAAAAAGUUAUUUCACGCAAGAAAACCAGCACAUGAUGAUCCUAUUUCACUGAAGGAGAGAUUCAUUUUUGCAAAGUAUUCUGAGAAAAUAUUUGUUCGGCGGGUGACAAAAAACAACCGUCUCCUUUCGGCAGCACAACAGGUAGCAGCAAGCAUCUGUGCCAAUGACAAGAAAGCAGUGUACCGACGCAUUGUCAAGUCAGAUGUCGAUGUCAAUCUUGUUAGUGGGGAAGCAUUAUAUGGCUUUUCUUCCAACAUGCCUUCUUCAACUAAUUCGAACAUAUCAUCUCAAAGUAAGAUUGAAAUAAUGGAAGACUUCCAAGAUGGUUCUACUGCGCUUCACCUGGCAUGCCUAACUGGUGAUGCUGCAAUGGUAGAACUGCUCCUACAACAUGGCGCAGAUGUAAAUGCUAUUGAUUCAAGAGGUCGAACACCACUGCAUUACUGCAUUAUGAGGGGAAAGAAUGCAGCUGCAAAAGUGCUUAUUACAAGGGGUGCCAAUCCAGCUGCCGAAGACGAAGAAGGCAACACUCCUCUUAAGCUUGCAUCAGAACCUGACACUAUUAGCAAAGGCAUUCUUGCUCUCUUAAGCAGAUGA